CCAAUCCUGUCAGAGUCAGCUGUCAAACGGUACGGGAUGUCGAAGAGACCGAUCAACAACCCGACGACGUUUGUCAAUGAACGAUGAACUGCUCCAAGUGAAGAUUUUCUCCUAUCCGAGAUCACGAGCUUCGACGGCUGCUUAACUCCAGUGUUUAACCUCGUCCACGCAAGCUACUUCUCAAAUAUAGGGCGUAUAGGCGUGUAAUAAUCUAUGAAUUUAGGCGUAUUCAACAGAGUUAAUCUCAAGGAUUCCCAAGGAGGGAUGUAUUCAGAAUGGGCCUCGCUGAGCACUCUGAUCCAACAAGGCUCGGAGGAAAGUCAGAGUGUAUUAGAGAAGUUCCCACCUGGCGCAGGGAAGGAGGUUGCACUGUCCAUAGUCCGCCAACUCGCCGCAAAUCUCGGUAUUACCCAGGCGGGAGAGCCUAGUCCACUCUCCACUGACAAGGAGGUGCAAUGGUGUAUGGAGGUGAUAUGCUUCGGUCUGUCAUUGCCACUGGCCGAACAUGACACUGUCAGGGAUUGCGUCAAUAUUUACUGCGAAUGGCUGUCCGCCCUGUACUCAACACCCAAAAUUUCUGUGCCCAGACCGAUCGUGGACGACCCGAAUUUCUAUGCCAGAAAGAUCAUAAGUCACUUUCACAAUCUGUUCGUUCCCAGGAAAGGGGAAGUCUGGCCUUUUCUGUAUCAGGAUCUAGGUACAGACACGAUAAAUCGGCAAGCUGUUCUAUGUCAUCGGGUACUUAGGACUUUGCAGCAAAUAGCGAGAGGUCCAGCAACUCUGGAAAGAGAAACCUGGGAGAGUUUGUUGUUAUUCCUCAUCGGUAUUAACGACGCGCUGUUAGCACCACCGGCGACUAGAGAGGAUGCGGGAGAACAGUUGUGCGAGAGGGUGCUUGGUGUUUUGCUAGAGGUCUGGCUGGUCUCCUGUGAACGUAGUUUUCCCUCACCCCCGUUAUGGCGAACGUUACGAGAGUCCUGCCUACGAUGGCGUCACAGAUUGGCUCUGGUGGAGCAGUGGAAUCGCGUGUGCCUCGCUCUUACAGCGAGGCUGCUUCACAUCAUGUAUGGACCAAUGUUUCCUGAAUUGAAAAUAAGCGAUGAAGACACGCAGCUGGUACCACCGACUAUGUCGGACGAAGCGGUGGCACAGGCAUGGUACAGACUGCUACGUACUAUUGGCGAUCCCGUAGACUUGUGCAGACCCGCCGUCGUCUCGCAGACCCAAGCGUUUCUGCAAUAUGCUAUCGCCAGUCCUAAUGUCAUAGAUCCGUGCCAGCAUCCAUGUUUGCAAAGCCUGCCGCAGAUAUUUCUGAAAGCUAUAAAAGGCAUAGCGGGUCAGGUCGACGCUUUUCUCGGAGUUUCACAGGCAUGCUGUUGGGAGGAAUGUUGCGUGUCCAACAUCACGUCGGGAAAUAGCGGCACCGGCAGCGGGGGUGUAGGAUGGGACAGGUCAAGUGGUAGGGAUCAGCCUCAGCCUUCCCCCACACCCCCAACUCAGCGCAGACUUGCCAAAAGUUUCAGUGUCACUCCUUCUGCAGUCACUAAGGGAAUUCCGAAAGCGUCGUUAAUUGGAUUGACGACUAGCCGUGUGUCUAGUACGCCGCCGACGUUAAUAUCCAAUUCCGGACCAUCGUCCGCUUCGAGUACUGCAUCUAUGACCUCUCUUGGCCAGGAUAUCAGACCUCCUUUAGCUCCAGGACGACCUAAAUGUAACAGUAUACUGCAUCUCUUUGGGGAAUGGUUGUUCGAGGCUGCGUUUAUCGGUACCGAGGGUUGGUCGCAGAAUUUACCGCAACCAUCAGGUGCCUCGAAACGUCCGUCUUCUGUGCUUGUGGAUGGUCCGAGUUCGCUACAGGAAUCCAUGAGCGACGUACCGCCAACACUCUGCAUAGAUCGUUACGAAUCCGGCAGAGCAGAGGCAUUGGGCGCCCUGUGCAGAAUUUUCUGCGCCAAGAAAACAGGCGAGGAGAUCUUGCCCGUGUACCUGGCUAGAUUUUACCAAGCAAUGUAUCACGGCCUUAAAGUCGACGAGUCUCGUGAAUGUGGUGAAACACUAGCGAGUAUUCUGUUGAAUUCAGCUGAUCUAUUCCGUCUUGAUUUGAACGGUAUACAAGUCUUGGUGCCGGCCGUGUUGUCUGCUUUAGAGGUGGUCUUACCGGAGAAGGACUUGAAGCUGAAAUCUAAUAUGGUAUCGAAGCCGGACUUGAGAAGGGCCUCAAUUCAUUUGCUGAUAUCAAUGUUAACUCUGCCUCUGCAUUUCCAAAACCUCGCUAUUAAGGAACUUCCGAUAUUCCCAGGCACAAAUUUCUCAGAAAAAAGUCCCGUAACAUUUGUACAGUUAAAAUCAAGACUCAUGAAUCUGCUCAUAAAUGCUUUACAAGUGGAGACUGAUCCUCAGAAUACACAUAUGCUGUUAGGAGCUCUAUUACUGAGUGUACAAGAUUCCGCAGCAGCGGAAGAAGUGGAGCAGGUUACACAACCCGACACAGUAGCUAGUGAUUCGACAACUAAUUUAUUAUCUUCAGUCACCAGCGAUUCGGCCAGUCAAAUAAGUAUAUCCAGUGAUCAGCGAUCAAUUGGCGAUGCAUCUGACAUUGCAACCCUUCAAGAGGAAUGCAUUGCGUUUGAUUCUGCCCAUGCUCUUUUUGUGCGAGCAACGUACUUGGUGUGUCACCGUUUGAUCUCGUCGUGGAAGACUGACCUAAAUAUCUCUUUAGCAGCGCUCGAGAUGCUGUCAGGACUAGCACGCACACGCAUUCGCGAAACAGCAAGGAGACUCACAGAUGCUCUGGAAUGCAAGAGAGCGGUAAAAUGGUUAUGCGACUACAUUUCGUAUCAAUGUUGGCGUCCACCACCUGCACACUCUAAGGAUCUCCAUUCUUCUAUUGUCGCGGCGUUCAGUUGUCUGACAACUUGGCUAACCGCUCAUCCGCAACUGUUACAGGACAAAGACUGCUUGACCACAGUAUUAGAAGUCGUUGAACUCGGAGUGUCUGGCACCAAGAGUGUCGGGAAGCCAGGCGAACCUAUCAAGAUGAAAGACGAAAAGGAGCUAAAACCAGCAUCUAUGCGCGUGAGAGAUGCCGCAGAUGCUCUUCUCACUAUUCUGUUGGAACAGGUUGGUUAUUUUCCAAGUGCUUGUGGGGCACAAUCGCUCUCGUCACUGUUGGACGAAGUGUCUCUACUUCGGCACUGUAACAGCUGGACCGGCGGACGCGUGGCACGACAAGCGGCCGUCGAAAGAUUUCGUUACUUUGUGUCUGAGAAUGCGAUCGUUUUGGCACUGCUAGAAGAACCGCUGGGAAACGAUCAGGAUCCUCAGCCGACCGUGACGGUCCUGAUCCGCGGACCGUUCGGCAGACACGCGUGGACGAUGCAGCUCCGUCAUUUACCGCGUCAUCGAUCUAGCAUCAGAAGUAUAAACAACAAUCCUGGUCGACCGCUGCCGUUGGCUGAAGCUGCACCGCGAACGGAUUACAAACCGAGAUUCUUCCCAGAUAAUGUGGAUCGCAUUCCUCACUGUAAAGUGGAUGAAUCGAUACCGAGUCUUGAGGCAGUUAUGAGUGACAAUGAUGCGGUACGAGAUGAACAUCAAAUUCUUGCGCAGCUCUUGGAACGUCAGAUAACGCUCGAAUUAAAGCACGAUAAUGAUAACAUAAGAGACAAAACUAUGAGAGACAAAACUGAUGAAUGCGUACCGCCCCAGGUUUGUCAUGAGUUCCAAACGGCUCGCCUAUUUCUGAGCCAUUUCGGUUUCUUAAAUAUGGAACCUAAGGAAAGCGAUGAGUCUGGCAGCAGUGGGCUAAUUGCUCUAGAUCCGACCAUUCCUGGAUUCUGUACGGAUUUGGAAACUCUGGACAAUAUCAGUCCGCGAACGUGCGACACUGUUCAUAUUUUUUACGUGAAAGCAGGUCAGAAGUCUGCUUCUGAAAUACUGUCAAAUGUGCUGCAGGAGGAGAAUGUGUCGCCAAAUUUUUUGGAAUUCUUAAGUUCUCUCGGCUGGCCUGUUUCCGUAUCCGCUCACGCAGGCUGGACAGGCCACGUGUCUACUUCAUGGAGAGUAACAGCGCAAGUGAACGUGCCACAGCCAGCUCACAGCAAUCACGGCGGGGCGCUCUACAAUGGUGAUACUCACGUGCUGUAUUGGGCGGAUGUGAGUUCGGAAAUUGCAUUUAUCGUGCCUACGCAAUCGUAUCUUAUAGCCAGCUCGGAUUCGUUAGAGGAAACUAGUUACAACAGCGAUAUUAGUGCCAGUGGACAAGCGUGGUUCGAACGAAGCAUUAGCGAAAGUACGGACACUCGCAGUAGCGGGACAUCACAAAACACAACGCAGAAUUCUAGAACAAUGUCGCUCGACCUGGAGAAACAGCCGUCGAGUUUACCGGGAGCAGGUCCGACAAAUUCCUCAAGUUCGGAUCCUAUUAGGCCUAGGAGGUCGACAAAACAAGCUCUGCCAUUUCAAACUAAUACAAAGAUAAUGGUUGUGUGGUUGGAGAGUUUGGAGGACCAUAUUCAGUUUCCUAUUGGGGAUUUGCUUCCUUCCACUUAUACUGGGUUGGAACAAUCGAGGAUGCUGCAAGCUACCGAUGUGCAUGUUAUCUUUCUUCAAGCUCUAGCUAACGGAUUAAUGCGCGUUAGAUUGCAAGGGCCAGUUUCUAGAAUCAAUUUAGCAACGCCCUUAAUCGAUGGAAUGGUAGUAUCAAGAAGAGUUUUGGGAACUCUUGUUAGACAAACAACUCUUAAUAUGGGACGUAGAAAAAGGCUCGACAACGACAGCUAUCAUCCGCCGCAUGUACGAAGACGUUUAAAAAUUCAAGAGAUGGUACAAAAAUAUAAAAGAAACUUAACGGAUCCAGAGUUAUUGACACUUUUAUUCAGCAGCACUCAAACUUAUCAAGUCAAAUAGAGGAAUUUUCAAGAAUCUCAUGUGAACUCAAGUUUGAGACAGUGGUAGCCUAAUUUCUUCGCUGCUGUAACAAAAAAGUUUUUAAAAUUUAAGGUUGGAUGCACUUCAUAUUAUAUUUAAUAUAUUAAAGGUAAAGUUAUCUUCUAUUAAAAUAGCCGAGAGAGCAGAGAUAACAUUUAUUUUAGAAAAUGUAAGUAAAUCUUUUUUUCGAUAAUUAUUAACAAAUUCUUAGUAGCAAAACAGAAUAAAUUUUUUCUGUAACCUUUUCUUAUUUAAAGACGUGCUCAUUGCAGAAAUAAUUCUUUAUGCAUUAUUUAGAUUCUUUAAUAAGAAAACGAACUAUGUAAUAGUACUUUGAAAUAUCCGAAAUAGUAAAAGCUAAAAUGAAGAACAAUAAUUCUAAUAUUUUACAACGAAAUAAAAAAACGUUAUCAAAUGUCGCACCUUACAAGUUUGAAAUAAAAUAUUUGGAAGACUACAGUAAAGAAAAGUGAUAACGAUUCCGAGAAAAUUUUAUUUACAUUUUCUAGUAACGCUCAGCUUUUCAUAAAUUCAUUUUUACAUAAGCGUUUUGUAUAUAUGUACAGAGAUUAGAUUUCCUUUGAUAUUUUCAAGGAUUUAAAUAUAAAAUUUCCUGAUGAUCCUAGCUCCCGGUGAUUCAGCACAUAAUUCUGAAAACAACUCAAUUAUUAUAAAAAUGAUAAAAAUUUUAAAAUGUUAUAACGAGUUGCAUUCAACUCCUGAUAAGAGAAACCACCUAUUAAAGAACAGAAAAGUGAUAUAAACGUUACGAAAGAAUAUAUUUUUGUUAUAUGAUUUUUAAUAUGUGUAUUACGCACAUAAAAAAAGCUUUAUAUAUUACUACUUGUAAAAUCAGUAUUGUAGAUAAUGCUAUAAAAUAAAUUAUUCAAAUUUCAUAUAUAAUAAUUGAGGACUACCUUAGUACAUAUAAAUAUAUAAAUACAAAGUAAUGGAGAAAAUGUAUUUAAUUAGUUUGUACGAUUAUAUUUUAUAUAUAAAAGACUUGUCUUGCAUACAUA